AAUCUAAAGAAUUUAGUCUGUGGUUAGUGUCCACGUAAAAAUGUUUCUUUCUUAACCAAUUUGAUAAUAUUCUCGUUGUUUAUAACUUCGAUUAAUUCUUCAGUAUUGGACAAUGGCUAGUCCUCGAACUAAAAGAGUGCUUAAAGAUGUCAAAGUGAAAAAUGAAAAUAAUCUUUGCUUCGAAUGUUCGACUCAAAAUCCUCAAUGGGCAAGUGUUUCAUAUGGAAUUUGGAUUUGUCUGGAGUGCUCCGGAAAGCAUCGGGGACUUGGUGUUCAUUUAAGCUUUGUUCGCUCAAUAACAAUGGACAAGUGGAAGGAUGUAGAAUUAGAGAAGAUGAAAGUUGGUGGAAACAGGAAGGCCAGAGAAUUUUUCGAGUCCCAAGAAGACUAUAAUGAUAAUAUGACUUUAUCUGAAAAAUAUAAGACCCGCUGUGCGGCAUUAUACAGAGAUAAGAUUAGUACUGAGGCUGAGGGAAGAGAAUGGCAAAUAGAAAAGUCAUCAGCAAGAAAUUAUGUUACUCCCUCAGAGCAAAAAUCUUCAGUACAAUCAGCAAAUACUUCAAUGAAGUCAUCAAAAAGUUUUCCGAAUGACUUUGCAUAUGAUAGAGCUCAAGUAGAAAAACAGAAAGAAGACUUUUUUUUGAGGAGAAUAGAAGAAAAUUCUGCAAGACCUGAUGACCUACCUCCUAGUCAAGGUGGGAAAUACAGUGGCUUUGGAAAUACUCCUGCUCCUAUUCCAAAGAGUCAAAGCGAAUAUUUUCAGAACACUAUGGGCGCUUUCUCGAAUGGUUGGAGUUCCUUUGCUUCAUCUGCUUCAAAAUUUGCACUGAGUGCUUCGGAAAAGGCUACAAAAUUUGCUCAUAAUGCAACUGAAAAAACAAAGACUUUCAGUCAAGGUGUUUCUGAAAAGGUAAAGGAAGGAACCCUUCUAAGCGAUAUGUCUUCAAGUGUCAACAACCUUGCGAAUAAGGUUUCAACAGUAAGUGUUAAGGGGUGGAAAGAUAUUUCAACUAUAUUUACCGACCAGAGAUCUGGAAAAUGUAACACAGAAGGAAGCAGUUUACUGGGGCACAAGGAUCCACAAAAUCUUGGAAACAGAACUUAUGGGGAAGACCAAGCUCAACCACAACGCAUUUCAUACCAAACUGAUUGGUCCGACUGGAAUACCGAUUUAAAUUGUCAAUCUAUGGAUACAACUUCCUCGAAACCAUCUGUAAAUGAUAGAGAAGAAUGGGAUAUAGACGAUUGGGAAGCCAUUGAUAUUGAUUCAAAUAAGAAAAAGAACCCAAAAGAUAGCCUAAAGACCGACUGGGAAGAGAACUGGGCAGAAAGCGAUGAUGCAUGGCAAAGUCUAGAAGUGCAAGAUGACAAUUCCAAAACAACCAAAAAAAAGGAUUAA